AUGGCUGUGCCAGGCAACUCGGCUGUCUCGACUUCCGGGGAUUCGGUUGGUCCGAAUUCCAACAAAGGUGCUGGGUUGAUGCGCCGGAUCUCCCGGGGCGCCGCCAGCAAACUCGCGCGAAGGAGACAAUCCACGACUCACAGCGACAAGCGAGACCGCAGCUCGGGUCCCGUCAUCAUGCGCAGACGCAGCGACAGCAAGACCAACGCUCAGCCCAGCCGAGAGAGUGCGCUGGAAUCAAGCAAUGAGGAAGAUAGCAACGAUGCCUUGGAGUCUCUCGGAAUCUGGUGCGGCUCCGAAGCGACCGGUCUUCCCAAUGACCUCAAUGCGAUGGUCUCGCGGAACGCGGGCGCUGUUGCGCCCAAGGUUGAUUCGGUGAUCCAGCGCGGGACCGUGUUGACCAAAGUGACCAAAAAGCGCAAGAAGCAAGUGCGCUUCUUUCUGGAUCUCGAUGCGGGUAAGGUCUAUUGGGACGUUUCGAAUCCCGCGAAACGCUUCUACAUCGACGACAUCAAGGAGAUUCGCGUCGGAGCGGAUGCGCGCAAUUACCGCGAGGAACACCUGGUUCCACAAGAUGUUGAAAGUCGCUGGUUUACGAUCGUCAUUGCCGAUGCAGAACGGCUCAAGGGUCGGUCUGUCAAGACUCUGCACCUGAUUGCGCCCAACGACAUGAUCCUCGAUUUGUGGACGACGACACUCGAGAAUAUCUCCCAGUAUCGGAUUAACCUCAUGGCUGGCUUGGCUGGAUCCGGCCAGAGUGAGGCUGUCCUGAAAGCCCACUGGCAACGCGAGAUGUCGAGGUUGUUCCCUCAGGGCUUGAAACCCGGCGAAGUCGAGAGUCUCGACUUCAGUGCAGUUGAAACCGUGUGUCGGAGCUUGCAUAUCAAUUGUUCGAAGAAUAUGCUGCGGGCUCAGUUCUCCAGGGCCGACCUUGGCUGCAAGGGCCGACUGAGCUUCCCCGAGUUCCAGAACUUUGUUGCUCGUCUGAAAGAGCGAACAGAUGUGAAAGACCUCUACAGAGCCUCGGCUGCGAACGCCCACGAGGGCCUCACUCUGGACGAUUUUUUAGCUUUUCUCCGUGAUUCACAGCGGGAAGACGUGGACGGUGACCGUACCUAUUGGGUUUCGGUGUUCGACAAAUAUGUUCGAAGAUCCAAAUCGCGUGCCCCUAGUCUUCCGGAAAUCCCGGAUGGCCAGGUUUCCCGGAUGUCCCUCGAAGCCUUUUCUGCAUUCCUCUCCUCUAACUGGAAUGGGAUCUACGCGUCUCACCCCCCUCAAUCGCGAUUUGACCGGCCGCUCAAUGAGUAUUUCAUCUCGAGCUCUCAUAACACGUACCUCCUGGGGCGCCAGGUGGCCGGUGCAUCUAGCACGGAAGCGUACAUCAGUGCUUUAUCCCAGGGCUGCCGCUGCGUGGAGAUCGAUUGCUGGGAUGGCGCCGAUGGCCGGCCGAUCGUUUCCCACGGGCGGACAAUGACAACCAGUGUCCUUUUUGCGGAUUGCAUCACUGUCAUUAAUCGAUAUGCGUUCAUCACCUGCGACUUCCCCUUGAUCUUGUCUCUUGAAGUGCACUGCAAUCCCGAGCAGCAGCUGGCCAUGGUCAAAAUCAUGAAAGAUACUUUCAAGGAGCGUCUUGUCCUAGAACCACUCUUGACCAACAGCUCUGUCCUUCCGUCGCCUGAAGAGCUGAAGGGUCGCAUUCUGGUUAAAGUCAAAACGUGUGAUGAGACGCUCGAGGAGAUGCGACAGGAUCCGUCGAGUUCUCUUUCCAGCGCCGGUCGCAAGCGGAGCUCGAGCUCUCCCUGGAUGCGACCGACCGUGCCUGAGUACCCUCUGAUCACGAGCCUUCCUGCCCUCUCCAGCUCCUCGACCACUGCUCAAGAGAGCGUUGGGCCUUUUAUCUCACAGGAUAGACGAUCAUUCACUACGACAAGUAUCAGCAGUGCUACUGAGGACAGUGAUAGCGCGCUGGUAUCUGCCAAGAGGGAGCGGAGACGCCGUCAGAAGAGCAAGAUUACCAAACCACUGUCCGAUCUCGGUGUCUACACUCGUGGUUACAAAUGGCAGAGUUUUGCAUCUCCCGAGAGCCAGCGCUACAAUCAUGUUUACUCCUUUGCGGAACGUGCUUUUGAGAGCAUCUGCCGUGAUGCAGAGAACAAAAUCGUUUUCGAGAAACAUAACCGACGAUAUCUCACACGGGUCUAUCCAUCGGGUUUUCGUCUGCGAUCGUCCAACUUCGACCCUCUGAAGUUCUGGCGCCGCGGUGUGCAGAUGGCAGCUCUCAAUUGGCAGACAUACGACAUCGGUAUGCAGUUGAAUCAAGCCAUGUUUGCUGCAGGGAGUGACCGCACUGGCUAUGUUCUGAAGCCCAAAUCUCUCCGGUCUUCCACAAAUUCAUCGGAUGAAGAGGGCAAAUCCUCCACUGGGCGGAAAUUGGUUCGGUUCUCAGUGGAUGUCAUCUCAGCGCAGCAACUCCCGCGGCCCCGCAGCAUUGGACCCGAAGACAACAUCAAUCCUUACGUGGAGAUAGAAAUGUUCAGCGCAGACGACCGUGGCCAGAGUUUUGUCGUCGGCGAAGGAGGCAUGAACGCCUCUGCGCGCAAUGGCGUGUCAGGCAUCGGCUAUCCUCAUCGCAGACGCACGAAGAUCGAGCAGAGCAACGGGUAUAGCCCGAAUUUCAACGAUCGCUUUAAGCUGUCACUUGAGACCAAGUAUCCUGAUCUGGUCUUCGUUCGCUGGACUGUCUGGAGCUCUCAGGAUGGGCGCAGUACCGGGAAUAACAACAGUAUCCAGUUGGCCACCUUCACGGCUAAGCUCAGCAGUCUCUCGCAGGGCUACCGCUACCUGCCGCUGUACGAUCUCGGCGGUGACCAAUAUCUCUUUUCGACUCUGUUCUGCAAGAUCACCAAAGAAGAGCCGGUGCCUGUACAAAGGCUGGCUGCCGAGGAGCUUCGCGCUGAGCGCAUGGGUAUCUUUCGACAAAUCGGCCAGACGGUUUUCAAGCGCGGUUCAUCCACUGAGAGAUCCGAUAAAGGCAGCGAGACGCCUGUAAGUCCUGACGAGAAGGACAGCUCUCCAGCUCUGACGCCGACUGUUUCUGCCGCAUCUACUUUAUCACUGUUUUCUUAA